AUACCCAUGCUCAGCAUAAACGGGUUGUCGUUGUCUUAAUAUUGGGUUUGGGCUACUGCAUACGUUGGGCUUCUGGCCCAAAGUCAACUAAUCUUGGAAUGAUGUUUUUUGGGGCUAUAUAAGAUGGGUAGGGUACGGAACACACAAUCUACUUUUGAGUUCUCUGGAGCAGCUUUGGUCUUUUCUCUCUUCAGUUACAGCUCGCGAUCCAGAUCCAUAUCCAGUCAUGGCGGGUGUAGUAGCAAGAAUUGUGGAAAAGUUUGGUAAACGUGAUAUUUGGUAUCGAAUAUCGUUGAUAUCAAUUCCAGUCUCUAGUGUCCUAAUAGUACUAGGGAAUAUGGAGCUUGCUCGUAUCAGAGAGGAGAAGAAGCUUUUGAAGGAGAGGUUUGAUCAACUGAGGGCUAGAGGAAUAAUCAGAGAUCAAGUGUACUCCGGAGAGUCAAUGUCACCACCUCCCUGAGUGAACGUGAACCAUAUGAUGUUUUUUUAGUCUUUCACACAUGUUUAAUCAAUCCAAACGCAUUCU